UUGAUGUCGCCGCCGGUUGCGCGCGCGAUGUGUGACCGGUUGGCCUCUCGUUCGGAUGGCCUGGUGCCAUUCUUGGCGGUGGCCAGAUCUAUGCCAUCGUCGCCCAACGCAGUGAGAUCCAUCGUGGCCGCAAACCAGCAGCCACAACAACAGCAAUUACAGCUUCUGGAGAAGACGUCGUCCGUACCGGAUUUGGUCGAACAGAGACGACAGCUAGAAAACGGCUGCGAUGCGUCUGAACAAAAGCCGGCGUCUACUUGGGCCGACUCCAAGUCGGACAGUUGCUUGAUUGAAUCGGUUCGGACGCCCGUCAAUAGUCUGAGUGGAACAUUUUUAUCAAUAGUCAAGACUGGAAACGAGAAUCUAGAUGGACAGAAAGAUCGCCAACAGAAUAUAAAAACAAACGGAACAACAAUGGCGACCGCCGAUUGCACCAGAGACAUGCACCAAGACGGAUUAAUCUUACCGCGGAAGCCAGUCAACCCGUGUCUGACCUCCGCCGACCAUCAAAACCUUCACCGUGAACUGUUAUUCAACCAAAAAAUCGGUAAGAGCGUGCUGGGCCAAAAGUCCGAGCUACAAAAAGCUUUAGAAAAACACAAGCGUGCUCAGACUCAAAAAGAAUUGGAACAGCAAAAAAAUUCUUGCCGCACACCAUUUGAACGGAUGAUUGAAGAACGAGCAAAGAAAAUCGAAACGCAAAUGGAGAAGAUAGAUGUGAAAGAUAAAGAUGAGGACAAACCUGAAUUUUUACAAGUCCACGCUAAACUACGCGCUAGAAUGACCAAAACAGACUGAUUCAUUAUUAUCACUGCAAAAACUAUUAUACUCAGUAGUUGAGAACAAAAAACGAUAUAAACAAAAGUGUUCAUUGAUUUUGUACAUUUUAUUAUGUUUUUCGUUUUUGUUUUAUUUAUUGGAAAAACUACAAUUGAAAACAACUUAUUUUUUUUCCAGUGUAAAUUUGAGUUUUAAAACUAUUUUGAUUUUGUAAUAUUUAACUAUUUUUGAUUAUGAUAAAUAAAUAUAUAUAUAUACACACUAGAUGUAUAACAUUA